AUGGCCAUGCGAGGACCGCGUCUCCAAGUCGGCUCCGGCCCUUGGGUUGCGGAAGAACGCUCCUGUGCCCUCAACAUUGCACAGUCCGAAGUCGAAGAGUUCUCAUACUCUGUGCGAAACGAGUACGACUGGUUGAACGAGCAUAUGGCUGGAAUCUUCAACGAAAAUGAAAUAAACAUCGCAGAAACCUUCAAAACUCCCGGGAAACUACGAGGAAAGACCCCCUAUACAGCUCGGAAGGUGAACCCCCUAGAAGCCAGGGUGCCCUUGUCGAACGUGUUUGCGUCUACACCUAACGGCGCGACGAAUCGCUUCACGCAGCAACUCAGCCUCGCCCAGUCCCCCAAGCGCCCGGCCUCACCUGUCAGGGAAUCGCCCAGUCCAGCGAAGAGCGUCAGCCGAGCUCAUGCUGUCAUGUCCCCCAAGCCCAUCCGAAUGGGCCCAGAAAGCCAGGACUCUGGCUAUUACGGCAGUCAAGAGCUUGCCGACCAAGCCGCCUCCCUGCGCGAGAGUUUCCCGUCAAACCAAAUGGCGGAUGUGAUCCACGAGACGACAACUGUCGCGUCACCGGAAGUUAGUCCGGCUCCCACAGCUCAGCAUUCAUCGCCCAAGAAAGUGUCGCAAGCUGAAGACGAACACGCUGCUUCGGAGGAAGUUAUCGCCCAAGAACCCGAGGUUCAUGGUGAGACUGAUGAAGAUGGCGACGAUAUUGCCAUGAGCAGUCCGAUCGUGGAGGCAUCCCAGAAAGCCAACUUGGAACCCGCGCAGGAUGGUGUAGUUGCUUCCCUUGAAGACGAUAUGGAGGGCGUUGAUCCUACCGAUGGAGCCCGCUCGGUUUCAGAUGGCUCCAGCCCCAUUCGCCCGAUGGUCCGGAAAAGCAGUCUCAAUUUCGCACCUCUUCCUGCCCGGGAGCCUCUCGCAGCUGGAAAGACUACAGGCCAUCGUGCUUCUCGAGUAAGCCACCUCGAUGACAAUAGGAUGAGUUAUUACAACAGGUCUGCUGGAGAGAAGAGCCUCGGAGGUCAGGCUUGGCGAGAGUUGCAAGACGAGGAACACCACAAUGAUAUGGAUAUCGACAAGCAAGGAGCUCAGCCUGUUGAAGAGAAGGCCAAUCCAGUGUUAAAUCACAACCGGACAUAUACCCAGCGACUGCAGGAUCAGAUUAGCAAGCUGGGCAAGACAACUGGCGGUAGCCGACCAUCCAAAUCGAUCCCCAACCUUGCAGCUCCGGUGACGACUCAGUCAUCGGAGCCCCCCCGCUCGCCUUCUCCUAAGCAUAUAUCUCCUACCAAGUCGACCCCAGGCGCCUUUCCUGAGGAUGAUGAUGACUGGAUUGAUCCACCCUCUCCAGCUCCGGCUCCGGCUCCCGUGACUGAAACUCUCACUAGACCUGAGUUGUUGAAGAGUCACACUGCCGAUGUAAUGGAGGGCAUUAAUGUCCAAGGCGCUUCCAGGGAUCUUCAACAAGUUUCACCUGCAAAAACCGCAGGCACCCCUGGUCACGCCAAGUCAGCAUCUGUGCCUAACAUAUCACAGCAGUUGCACGAACAGACCAUUCCAUUGAUGAAGGCCCCCUCAAUGUCGAAAUCCAUGCGUGUUACCUCGCCAUCCCCUUCCCAGUCACCUUCAAGGGGUUUUAGGGGCAGCCCUUUGAAGCAGGUCAAGGACAAGCUCUCAUCCAUCUUGAAGAACUCGAGCCGUAUUCUCGCUAGUAGCGCAGCGGCCAGCGCCGAAGGAAAAAGCGCUCUGUUAUCACCUACACGGUCUCGGCUUGCAUUGCACUUGACUCCCUCCCAAGCCUCCCUCCGAAAGCCUAGCAAUGAGACUCUUAAAUCAGCUGAUCCUCAACCGGCUCAGAAGGAGGCCGCCACGGCUGGGCCUGCCCCGAGACGGACUAGGGCUUCUACAGAGAAGGAGAAGGAGGAGAAGCGUCGGGAAAAAGAAACCAAGGUUAUGGAAGAUCAGAUUGAUAAGCUCGAAAAAGCCCGAGCAAAAGAGCGCGAGAAGGCCCGCGUCUUCAGCAAGGAACAGGAGAAAAUUGCCAACAUGGAGCGACAGGUUUCUGGCCAAAAGGGAGAGAAGACCGCAGAACCUGCUCGACCAACAAGAACUAGCCCUCGCAAAGCCAAGGAGCAUCAAGAAGAACCUGCUAGUGUCGCUGACCAGGAUGUCGAAAUGGCUGAUGCACAGACCCCAGCUCCUCGACCUGCUUCCCAGGCUUCCCGAGCUAGAGAGGCCAAACGACCCAUCAAACCCACAGCACCAACCAAGGUCAAACAGGCUCCAACUGUUAUCAGGGUCAAUACUGGUUCUCAGAACUCACAGUUUCAUCCGUCAACAGCUGGUAACUCUGCUACCGGAAACGAAACCAUGCUAUCUUCAGUGUCCCAGACGCAGCAGGCUUCUUUGUCCAAGGCCAGCAAAGCUCCUGUUCAGUCCAAGCCCUCAACUCAAAAUGUGAGGGCGCCUGCCUCUGCCAGCAAGCCGAAGGCAGCAGAGCUUGCGGCGAAGAGGAAGGAACAGGAGGAACGAGAUGCUCAGCGUAAGCGAGAAGCCAAGGCCGAGGCAGAGCGAAAGCGCGUUGCUGCUCAGGAGGAGCAACGGAAGCAAGAGCAACGCCGCCAGGAAGCACGCCAAGAAGCAGAGCGUCAACGACAGAAGGACCGUGAGCAGGCAGCAUCUCAAGCUGAGUCGAGGCAAAAUGCACAAAGGCAGGCUAUGAUUGAGAAAGCAAAGCAGACGAGAGCGCCACCGCCGGCAGUGAGGUCGCAGCCUAAUGGGCCUCCGGACUUUAGCUCCCUGUCCCAAGAAAGAAAGGCUGAUGGACCGGCUCGACCACCUUCACGGAUGAAUUCGGGCAUCUAUCGCAACUACGAAGAGUCAGGCCGCCCUGUUAAUGCUGUGCUAUCAAAUGCUUCCAAAGCUGGUUUGAAGCGGCCAAUGGGACAUGAUGAGGCACAACCCCCACGGCCGCAAUCAAGAGCUGGCCUAUCAUACCAGGCCAAGGAUGCUAAGCGGCGUAGAACCAGCCAAGACCAUGAUGAACUCGGAUCAGACGACCAGCCAAAUAUGAAGGGACCCCCCGUGCGGCCGUCUGCUGGUUUCAAGAAGGAGCCCGCCAAAAAAUCUGUGUUCCAAAGUGGUUAUACAAGUACGCAGGGCAGUGUUACUCGGGAUCUGUUCAAGGCAACUGUUACUGCGCAGCACAAUAGCGCACAAAAGGCAGCUCACCCAUUGGACAUGGCCCAGAUCUCCAAGGGAGCCAUUCCCUUUGCACCUAACCCUAACCCUGCUGGUUCUCACAAGACACCAGCCAGGCCAGUGGGCGGCAAGUCGGUUCCUAAAUCAGCACAGAGAUCCUCGCCACGCUUCCAGAAUGGAGAGACAAUUGAGUUGCCUGAGAUCCAGACGGAUGACGAAAGCGAUAGCGAGAAUGAAGCUGGAGGUAUGGUAGCAGCAUGGGCCGACUCUCCAGACCUGCGUAGGGCGCUCAUGCGUCAAGAGACGAUGGAUCCGUCGCAAAUCUUCGGACCACCAGCGCCUCUCAACAUGGAGGAGGUCUUCCACAAGAGCAAGGACAAGUUCCACAAGUUCCGUGCUCGAACUUCCAGUGCCAACUGGAGCGGCGUGGAUCGUCUCACUGAGGAGGACAUCCGAAAGGAUCUGGCUGCUCGUGACAAGCUCCGACGUGAAGGCGGGUGGUCUUACGAGAUGAGCAAAGAUAUGAUCUAA